AUGGCUUCGUCCGAGGAACAAAGUACCAUCAACGAGCUACAAGCCAAUUGGGUUUGGGUGCCCGACUGGGUUGAUUCUUCCACAGCCAAUACAGCAGGACGGAUUGUCAAUUUCACCAGAGAUUUCAGCCUGCCUUCCGCCCCGGAAAAAGCGCUUCUAUACUUUUCUGCCGACACACGCUACAAACUUUUCGUCAAUGGCGUCCGAGUUGCUGUUGGUCCAGCCCGGGGACAUGGCACAAUCUGGUAUUAUGAUACCCUAGAUAUUUCAUCGCACCUCAAGCAUGGGGAUAAUCAGAUCACGUUCGUGGUGCUAAGAUAUUUUGCUGCCUCGCGGGCGGCAAUGCCGUUUGUUCGGACUUCAUUUCCCGGCUUGACCGUUGUUGGCGAAGCAAAAGCCGGACAGUCCCAAGUGUCCCUCAGUUCAAGGGAAGGGUGGAGAGCGCAAGUUGACGACAGCAUUCUUUUCCCCACUGGACUGAUAGACGAUGUUUUUCUUCACAUUAACGAGCGCACUGCACAAACUGCGCCAAGUCCCUGGAUUUCUCCAAAGCUAUACGGGUUCAAAACCUUGAAUGGCGAAUUGGCACCUUGGCGCCUGAGAUCUCGUACCAUCCCACGGCCCGAGGAGACUUCAGUGGCAGUCAAUACCAUUCGCUCCUGUGAUAGCAGCAACAGCGUUGAUGACUGGAAGGCUGUACUCUCACAUGGUCAGCCUCUGACUCUUUCCAGCGACUCCAAACAUGUACUUGAGCUACAGGCAGAUGUACAUUCUACUGCAUUCAUCUCAUGGUCCUUCAGAGCAGAUAACUCGUCAAGCGUACAAAUCAAGACGACAUACUCCGAAGGCUAUGAGUGCGAUCCUCGGUCCUAUCCCUUCUUUCGAACCAAAGACGACCGCUUGCAGAAGGACGACCACCACCUCAUAGGUCCUUUUGAUGAGAUAUCUUUGGAUAUAGGUCCUGGAAAAAUGGUCAAAUAUGAGCCCUUUUGGUUUCGGACAUUCCGUGUGAUACGCCUAGAAAUUACAGUCGGAGCUGGCCCUGUUGAAUUUCUCUCGUUUGAUGCAAAGCAGACAAAUUAUCCCAUCCAACCAAAAGCGGCGUGGAAGGAACCUGGCGAUGCUCAUAGUGAAAGCAUCUGGGAUGUAUCAAUCCGGACACUGCGAAAUUGCAUGUUUGAUGGAUACUCGGACUGCCCAUUCUACGAACAACUGCAAUAUUCGGGCGAUUCAAGAUCUGUUGGCUUGUUUCAUUAUCUACUGUCUGGUGAUGACAGACUAAUGAGGCAAGCCAUUACGAACUUUGCAGCUUCAGUCACCCCCGAAGGGCUAACCCAGUCACGCUUCCCGUCACAUGUACCUCAAAUCAUCGCUGGCUUCUCCCUCUACUGGGUUCUCCAGGUCUGCGACCACCAUCUCUUCUUUGGGGACACGCCGUACACUCGUUCCUUUCUGCCGCGUAUUGAUGGCGUGUUUGAAUUCUUCCAUUCCCACAUCGACAGCUUGGGUCUCGUGAGUGGGCUUCCUGAGGAUGUGUGGCAGUACGUCGACUGGGUCACGACUUGGGGUGCGACCGAAGACCACCCCGACAAAGGCGUGCCGACCUCGGGGCGUAAAACAAAUCGUCAUACCUAUUUCAGCUUGCUUUAUGCCUACGUGCUCAAACAGGCUGCCCAGCUGGUGCGUGAUGUGGGAAGACCCGGCUAUGCUCAGGAAUACGAAUCCAGGGCUGAAGCUGUCGUGGAGGCCGUCCGAGCACAUUGCUACGACGGAGCAUUCUUUACCGACUCUACGAUUGACGCUCGAGACGACUCGGCCUAUUCUGAGCAUUGUCAAGUCUUUGCUGUUCUCUCGGGCGCUGCGCAGCCUCAUGAUCAAACUCGGAUUUUAACCCAGUCCUAUGCUAACCCGCGGUUUUCAAAAUGUUCCUACGUCAUGAAAUUCUACGCUCUGAGAGCUUUUGCGCUGGCGGGUGAUGAUGCCUACGAGUCGCUCUGGACUACUGUUUGGGAUCCCUGGCGCCAGAUGCUAGCAAACAAUCUUACCACUUGGGAAGAAGACGACGUGCGACAGCGCUCCGACUGUCAUGCCUGGGGCAGCGUCCCGAUCUACGAAUAUUGUACCGAGCUUGCUGGUAUACGUCCCAUCGCAGCUGGAGCUUCAAAGAUAAUGUUCAAGCCUAGAUUGCACCUGAGCAAUUCCAUCGUGGCCAAUGUUGCAAUUGGAAAGGCUAAUGUAGCCAAUAUCUCUUGGACAGCAGAUGAUGACGGCAAGAAGCAUGUGCGACUAAAGCUUCAAAGGGCAGUUGAAGUUGUCAGUAAACUUCCCGGUGGCGAGGAACAGGAGCAUGGCACUGUUGAUCAACUGGAGCUCGACUUUUGA